AUGACAACUUCGGUUAAACGUAAGAAAGUGACUGUAACAAUGGAACAAAAACUCCAAGAUUUAUUUCGUAUUGAUGCUGGUGAAUCAUUAACAAAAAUCGCGCAAGAGUUAGGAGUGGGUAAGCAAACCGUUUCGGAUUGGAAAAAAAAACGAAUAGAAAUUGAAAAUUUUUGUGCGAAAAUGGUGAGCGUGGACAGCUUAGGUAACAGACGCACAUUAAGAAAACCAAACAACGAAGCUUUAGACGAGGCUUUGUACAUUUGGUUUUGUCAACAACGUGAACAAGGAGUUCCGUUGUCGGGUGUUACAUUACAAGCUAUCGCGAUAAAAUUUAAUGAAAAAUUAAAAGGAGAUCCUACUUUAGCUGCUAGUGUAGGAUGGUUGUCUCGGUGGAAAAAUCGACAUGGCAUUUGUGAACAUGGUGUAAGUGGUGAAAUUUUAUCAGAUGACAAGGUUGCAAGUGAAGACUUUAAAACGAAAUUUGAAAAGUUUAUUAGCGAUGAAGACUUAAUGCCUUGCCAAAUUUUUAAUGCUGACGAAACUGGGUUGAAUUACAAAAUGCUUCCAAAAAAAACAUUAGCCUCAAAACUAGAUUCUGUAGCCAAAGGAUAUAAAGUGAAAAAAGAACGAGUAACUUUACUUCCUUGCAGUAACGCUUCUGGUGAUUUAAAAUUUCCACUUUUGGUGAUCGGAAAAUCAGUUAAGCCUAGAGCUUUCAAAAACGUUAAUAUGAGUGCACUUCCAGCUCAAUACACUUCACAAAAAUCUGCUUGGAUGAACGGAAACAUUUUUAAAAAUUGGUUUUUCGAAACAUUUGUGCCUACAACAAAGACAUUUUUCAAACAGAAAAAACUUCCAGAAAAAGCUGUAUUGUUUAUAGAUAAUGCUCCGUGUCACCCUAGUGAAAGUGAAUUACGAGAUGGUGAAAUUUAUGUGAAAUUUUUGCCACCUAACGUGACGUCAUUGAUACAACCAAUGGAUCAAGGUGUUAUUGAAACGACAAAACGGCUUUACAGAAAAAAGUUGAUCAUGUUUCUUUUAGAGCAACAAGAAGCGAACCCGUUAGUUAACUUUAUGGAUCUUUUAAAAAAAGUAACAAUAAAAACUGUUCUUUAUUUAGCCGCAGAAGCGUGGGAAGGAGUUAAGCCAGAAACACUUCAAAAAAGUUGGAAAAAAUUGUGGCCUAAUAUUCCUCAAGAAAACUAUAGACGAGAUGAAACAACUUCAAAUGAAGACACUGAUUUCAUUCAAGUUUUUCAAGAGUUGGAAGGUUGUGCCGAGGUGGAAGCAAAUUAUAUUUCUGAAUGGAUAAACGGUGACACUGAUGUUGGUCAUCAGGUUCUUAGUGAUGAUGAAAUUGUAAAUGCAUGUAUUGAAAACAUAGAAAUAGAAGUUGACAGUUCAGAAGAUGAAGAUGAUGGUACAGAUCAAUCAACGGGCCCAACACAUGGUGAAGCAACUGCAAUGCUGGAGCAGUUGAUGACUUACUUCGAGAAACAAAGUGAAACAUCUUCUGCUGAGCUACUGACCUUAAGGCGUCUAAGACAUCGCACAGCGAAAUUACGUCAAUCUUCAUUAAAACAAAAAAAUAUCACGGAGUUUUUCAAGUCUUAA